AUGACAGGUGGUCAGCCGCAUGAGUAUUUUAUUGCACUGAUGAUGGGUCAGAGAUGCAAGUGGCUCGAUGGAGUAAAUAUCCCCAGAUCGAUGACAUUUGGUCGGUGGACAUCAAACGCCGGAGCAGAACGGUGGGAGCAUCCGACGUCAUUUCUAGCAUUUAUAAUUCUUUUCAUUUUAACAUUUAUACUUCUUUUAUUACGAUAA